AUGGUGGCCUUGAACUUUGCAGAGGAAAAGCCAAAAGUUGAGCAAGUAAAGGAGAAAGUAGAGGAAGAGCAAAUCGAGGUGCCGCCAGUCUACAAGUCCGACUUUGAGUUGCCCAAGUCUCGCAGCAGAAAUGGGCUUCAAAUCGUCGCUACAACAAUCACCGUCCAGGUGGCAACACUGAUCAUUUUUGCUUCAUUUUUCAAACAGUACAAUUUCCCAAUCGGGCACACGCUGAAGAUGUCGAUAAUCGUCACCUGGUGGUGCUCAUCUCAAUUGGUCGCCUCCUUCAUCACACGGAAAGUAAUAAUCUCCUAUUGGAGCACCGGAAACCAUUUCCCUGUCGGGCUCAUGAAACUUUUGAUGAUCCUCUACAUGGUGAGCUCGUAUUUUGCCCUGUGCACCAUCCUCUUCUUUGCCUAUUACAAGAAUCUGCUCCUCAACUCGGAUCUUCGUCCACAACUUCUUGCUUUCUCCAUUCUGAUCCCUUUGCACUUGAUUUUGGCAAUCGGCUGGUGGCGAAUCGAGGAGAAGAUGAUCGCCAAGGAGAAUCACCGAGAAAUCUCGCUCUUUUCCCCCAAAGGACUUGGAGGAUUUUUGAAGAAAUUCUAUGAG